GGGAAGUGUCUUGACACAAACCUGAGCUGGACCAAGGAGCCUUGAUCUGAGUGAGCUAACUGGCACCAUGAACAUAUUGAGUGUCUUUCUGCUCCUCUCUCUGGCUCUUUUCAGCAUUUUCUCAGGUGUCUUCAGUCAAGGAGGACAGGACAAAAGAGGCUGGAUGGCAAGAUCAGAGGGCCAGCUGCCAAGGAAAGGUGUCUUAAGGAGGCGUCUCUCUCAUAUUGACUGCAGUGAGUUCCGGGAUCCCAAGGUCUACUGCACACGGGAAUCUAACCCCCACUGUGGCUCUGAUGGCCAGACAUAUGGCAACAAAUGUGCCUUCUGUAAGGCGAUGGUGAAAAGUGGUGGGAAGAUCAAUCUAAAGCAUCAAGGAAAAUGCUGAGUUUUGUGCCGUGUUUGUGCUGACUUCCAGCCACUUCUUUUCUCACUUCUGUUUUUCUCCAAUGGAUCCCUUAAAUUUCUAAAAAUAUGCCUUCUACUCUGUCUGGCUCUUGGGCAGUUCAGUAUAUAUCUA